AAGACGAAAACGACCCACGUUAUUUCCGGACCAAAUCUUGGUUGCACCCACAAGCAACGAAUCCUGAACCCUUCCUUCCUUCCUGCACGACCCUGCACUGUCUCGUCUCGUGACGCCCACCCACGCCGGCCGCACGCGGAGAAUCCAACGCCUUCCUUCGCCCGGUUUCCUUCCGGUUUGCCUCCCUGCUCCCGGCUCACGCCAUGACCCUAUCCCCCGGCGACACGCCGAGCCCAGGCUUGGGAGCGUCUGCACCGGGUCCAUCCUCUUGGAGCACCAGCCGCGAAGCUUCCUCCUCUCCUCUCCCGAGUUGUACAAAGCAUAAAAAAGCUCGCCGUGUCGGCAAACCGGAGGUUGCGGCCACCCGACGACACCACCGACCAACGCAACACAACAAUCUCCAAACUCCAAACUGCACUCCACUCCACACACGCGCGCGCGCGCACGAUCGUCUCGGCGACCAGGGUCUCUAGCCAGAGAAGAUGCAGCAGGGGAGGAAGAGGAGCCGCCCGCGCAUCGCCGGCGCCCGGCCGGGGCCCUCCUCCUCGCCGACGCGCCGGGGCGGGACCAGCGGCGGCGGCGCCGGACGGAGGCUCCGGCUGCCGGUGCAGCUGGCGCAGGGUCCGCGGCCGCGGAAGCGGGCCGAGGCGAAGAGGGCACUCACGCGCUCCGCCUCCGAGCCGGCGCUCUGGUGGCGCGACGACGCCCGCGUCCACCCCGCGCCGCCCCACCCGCCGUCCCCGCCGCCGCCGCCGCUCGACCGACCGCACACCUGCUACGACGUCCUCGCGCCGGACUCUCCCUUCGCCUCCUCCUCCCUGCUGCUGCCGCCCGAUCGUCGCACGACCUGGGAGGAGGCGAAGGUGGUGGUGAACGUGACGGUGGAGGGGAGCGCGGGGCCGGUGAGGGCGAUGGUCAGCCUCGGCUCCAGCAUCCGGGACGCCAUCGCCGCGGUGGUGGAGCGGUACCACCGGGAGGGGAGGAGCCCCCGGCUGGACCCCGCCUCCGCCGAGUCCUUCCAGCUCCAUCACUCUCACUUCUCCCUCCAGAGUUUAAACAAAAACGACAAGAUCGGCGAAGUGGGCGGCAGAAAUUUCUACCUGCACAAAACCGGCGGAAGCAACGGGCCUGCGCUUCAGAGGGGAGAACCUGGUGUGCAUUCAGGUGGUGGUGAAACUAGACAGAGCCAUGGAGGGCAGCUUGCCGGUGUUCCAUACCACCACCAGCUCCUCGCCAUUGUCAUGAAGAAGCUGGAUAAAAUCGGCAGGCGGACCAAAAGGCUUUGGAGGCUCCUGACCUGUGACUGCACAUGACUGACCCUGUGGAUGUUGAUGGUAGCCUCAUCAUAUGCUUUGACUGUCUGGUCUCUGGUGUGGUAGGCUAGUACUAGCAAGUUAGGUUAGAAAUCAGUGCGCGGGGCUGGUGGCACUGCUAUUGAUUGACGAUAAAGAAGGCACGCGGCGCGGUAACUCUA